CGAUUCUCCGCGUUUAUAUUAAUAUUACUUUAAACUGAAAAGUGCAGAACGAUUGGAGACAUUCACCGCAGGGAUCUAGGGAGGAGAUGUGCCGCUUUUAGGGAUGGUAAUGUAAUUAAGUUGCGCGCAAUGGUGCAUACAAGCAAAUCUGCUCUCACCAUUUCAGCUUUUGACCUCAGUAAGUAGCUCAUACUCGUAAAACCUCCAACGCUUUUAAGUAUUUCGAAAAGGAAAAUAGGAUGGCAGCUUCACACAACGGAUCCAACAUAACGGGGAACUACACCAACCAGUUUGUACAGCCGCCAUGGCGCAUCGCUCUCUGGUCCGUAGCCUACAGCUCUGUGCUGGCGGUGGCGGUGUUUGGAAACCUCAUCGUGAUAUGGAUCAUCCUUGCCCACAAGCGGAUGAGGACUGUGACCAACUAUUUUCUCCUGAACUUGGCGUUUUCAGACGCUUCAAUGGCUGCUUUUAACACUUUGAUCAACUUUAUCUACGCUGCCCACGGGGAGUGGUACUUCGGGGAAGGGUACUGCAAAUUCCACAACUUUUUCCCGGUCACAUCCGUAUUUGCAAGCAUCUACUCCAUGACUGCGAUAGCUGUGGACAGGUACAUGGCCAUCAUCCACCCUCUGAAGCCUCGUCUGUCGGCGAAAGCCACUACAGGAGUUAUCAUCUAUAUCUGGAGUCUGGCCGUGGUGCUUGCUUUCCCUCUCUGCUACUUCUCCACCACCCAAACUUUGCCCCGCAGGACACUCUGCUACGUUGCCUGGCCCCGCAUGGCUCAUGACCCCUUAAUGUAUCAUAUCAUAGUGGCGGCUCUGGUCUAUGUGCUGCCCCUAGUGGUGAUGGGCAUCACCUACACCAUCGUAGGGUUGACUUUGUGGGGAGGGGAGAUCCCAGGAGACUCAUCUGAUAACUACCACGGACAGCUUAGGGCCAAAAGGAAGGUGGUGAAGAUGAUGAUCAUUGUAGUUGUGACUUUUGCCCUCUGCUGGCUGCCCUAUCACAUCUACUUCAUUGUGACGGGUCUAAACAAGCAUCUGAGCAGGUGGAAGUACAUCCAGCAGGUUUACCUUUCCGUGCUGUGGCUGGCAAUGAGCUCUACCAUGUACAACCCAAUCAUCUACUGCUGCCUCAACAGCAGGUUUCGAGCUGGCUUCAAGCGUGCAUUUCGGUGGUGCCCUUUCAUCAAGGUAUCCAGCUACGAUGAGUUGGAGCUACGCUCAACCCGGAUGCACCCGACACGCCAGGGCAGCAUGUACACGCUGUCCCGAAUGGAUACCACAGUGGUGGUAGUCUACGACCCUGCUGAGGGCAAUGGCGAUGGAAGGAAGCACUCCCUGUCCGGUAGGAAGCGAAGCUACAUCACAUCACGCCACACGGAGAUCACUGCAAGCAACGGUGGCAGUGUGCAAACGCAAAAUGGAGGGGCUCCAAGCGCUCAACCUGAAGAGUUCUCUUGAAGUUUAUUCUCACCAACAUACACACAAACAUAUGCAUGUAAGAAAUGUACACACAUCAUGCUCCACACAUUGUAUACAGACAGUGCAAAGAGUUUUGCUUUAUUCGCUUUGCUUGAUUAGACUUAGAAGCAUUGUAUUAAGAGGCUCUUUUAACCACAUGGAUGAACAGAUUAUUUAAAACUGAAUCUCGAUUGAAAAUAUAGAUUUUUAAGCUUCUCUUGAGCGUAGAUAGAUCGUUGAGCAGGUCAGCUUGAAAUGAAUGUUAUUAGCAGUUUUAUUUAAAAGUUACACAGCUCAAUCAAGUCCCUAUCAAUUGUUUGGCUACUUAUUCCUUAGUAUUUGGUGUCAGCUGAUAUCGAGGGUGAUCCCUAAUUAUUUUGUAUUAUAUGCUAUUACAUUUUUUCCUACAUAAGGCUCUAGACCAGACUGUGUAUAAUCCCAUUCUGUUGCCUAAACCAAUAAGGUGAUAUUUUUGCUUUGUUUUGUUUGUAAACAGGGCUGCUAAUUACAGUGGAGCAGAUUUCAAUCCAAAAAGCAGAUAACAAGUCUGGUCUGAUGUUUAUAUUAUGUCUGGAGAGGAGGGUUGAUGUGGAAAUGGGGCCUGUUUCACAAAAUCUCACAAAGGAUUGUCCUUCCAGAGAAUGAGUUUUAAGGGUUUGCAAUCCUCAUGCAGGGCUUGCCAGUAGGGUGUAUGUUUUGAUUAAUGAGACUUCUUAAAAUCAGCAGCAUGUUUAUGUGCAGGCAUGUAAUUUAUCCAUCCAAUCAUUUUAUAAAAUGUAACUUUAUUGUCUUUGAGGGGAAAUUUAUCUUGCAACCAGGAACACACUGAUAUUCUCAAUGCUUCACUUGGGUACAGAAACAUAUAAAUGGAUUUAAGGAUACAUGAAUACAUGCUCUACUUAUCUACCCAACACUCUCUGGUGAACUCAAACUCCAGCUGUGGUCUUGCAGUGAAUGUUCAUGAGUUUUGUCUUUGGAUGGUGGCCUGAACGGAGGGGCCGGGAUCUUUUUCCAACUUUUUUUGCUUUUUUUUUUUUAAAGUUGCCUACUCCAGCUUUAAUUUAAUACUGUCGGUAGCUGUUUCAUUGCAACACAUUGAGUUCAUUCUGCUCUGAUUGAAAUUAGCAUAGCUAUACAGUCAGUGCACUGCUGUUUCGUAAUGUUCACUGCACGGUUUAAAUGAUUGUUUAAAAAAUCAAUCAGUUCUGCUUUGAGCUUCACUGCUAGGACUGUAAGACCAUCUCAUAAUGGAGAUAAUCCGAAAAUAUGCCAUGGUGAUUGUAAUUAUGUAAGUAUGUCAAAGUUUCCAUGUAAGUAUACUCUGAACUUUAUGUGAUGCAAAGGAUGCACUCUGCAAUUAUUUCCCCUGAAGCCAUAAAUGAGCUGAAUUGGAAUGGCUGUUGAUUAAACCCCAUUUGGCUGAAUGUGUGGCUUUGAGUCUGACUCUGAAAGCAUUGAAAUUGCGCUUGGCUUCCAGUUAUGUAACGGUUGUAAAGAACAUGUUUUCUGUAACUAGCAACAACCCAGAGGCAAAAUCCAGUUUUACAGCACGUCAAUAAAACAGGCUGCUACAAAGUGAGCAGAUUGAAAGCGUACCAACCAACUACAGACUAGUGAUUCAAUGUCUCUCAUAUUGACAUUUGCAACCAAGUGAAUGAAAACAUAAAGGAAGCUGCACAGUGAAGUGCAACCUUCAUGUUCUAUAAUGUUCUUUUUAAUGCCUUCAUACAAUGUGUAAUGAGAAAGCAUUUUGUUAUUGUUGGUGUUUUUUCAACUCCCUGCUUCUGUGCUCAUCAAUUGUUGAAACUGUACCAAGCAAUCACUAGCCUGUGCCAUGUUGGGUUUACAAUAUCAUUAUAUAUGAUUAUAAGUGAAACCAUACUGUGACAAGUUUAUAUAAACCAUACUGUAGAAGCAGUGCACACGCUAUGGCUCUGCGCAGCAACACCUACACACACGACUCACUGCUAGAAACUAAGAUUCCUGUUCAUUACACUUCAGGGUUAUUCCCCAUUACACAGACCUUCUUAAAAGAUACUUUAUUUGGUAUAUUUGUUUACGUGUAGUGCUAGUUGCAUUAAAAUCUAAAUUUGGAGUUGUGUCCUUUGUAAUAUAAAGUUGUUAUUAAUGUUAAUAGAUAGCAAAAGGGUUCCAGAGAUCCAUCUUGUCCUGUUCAAAAGAAAAUUAAAGCUUACAUCUUCUAGAUUGAUUGAUAUGUUUCUAAAUACAUUAUAAAUGUCCUUAAUUAUUCUUACCAACAGUUCUGAAUGUGAGACAUCUUGAAAGUAUUUACUCAAGAAUGUGAAAAAAAUAAGUUGUGCAUUUCAGUGCGAUGUAUUUUUAUGUUGUCUAAAAAAUAUAUUGAAGUUGGUUAAAUAUUUGUAUGUGGUAAUUGAUCUAAUUUGUUGAUUCUCUGUAUAAAUAUGUGUGUUUUGUAUGAAUGUACAGUACAAUCUGUGCCUAUUUAUGUGAAGUGGUAACCAUAUUGUUUGUGGUGUUGUUAAAGGAUAAGUUGUUGAUUUCGACCAGAGCCUACAUUUUUGUUUCUUCGCACCAAACCAUUCUGAUGUUGAGACAACUUCACUACAUUUACUUAUUCAACCUACUUAAAUACACUUUUACUGCUUUUAUUCAACAACUAUACCAUGUUUCAUAUAAUGAGACGUCUGAUAGGUUUUCUGCUCUGCAUUGGUCAGUGAUGAUGUAUUUGCUUAAUUAUAGCUUCAUUGCAACUGUGUCCUUUACAGUAACAAUAGUGUUAUUAAGUGACAUGUCAUGAUUAUGAAUAAAUGUAGCUGUUAGUAGUCCAAUUUAAUGAAUGAAAUGAAGGAUUAUUUGAAAACUGAGCAAAAUGGUAUUGUUUGUUGUCUGAAACAAUGCAAUCUACUGUAGUAAUCCGCAACCUUUAAAUAUCUCAAUUUCAACACAUUUUCAACCCCUCAGGCAGCAAACUGCAUUUAUAAAGGAGAAUGUUUUCCUGCUGGAGCUGUUACCUCCGCGACCCUGACGGAAAAGCGGGAGAAGAUGGAUGGAUGGUUUUCCUGCAAUUACCUUUACCACAUCUCAUAAAUACCUGUACAUGUAAGCUUUAGGACUUUUGCGUAAUGAGAUCUUUAUCCUGUAAUGGCAAUUUCCUUCCAUAUCUACCUCUUUCCAGCUUGUUAAACAUUUUACAUAUAUAACCUAUAAACAGGAAGUAACUCUAUUGAAAACCGGCAUCCAUAGAAAAACGAAUGUUCUUUAGCAUUACGUCUUUAUAUGUUAGAAUUAAAAGAAAAAGUAAAUAAUAAACUGUCACAUCAGCCUUUGAGUUGCAACACCCAACAAAGUAUGUUAAUGUGUGUAGUCUUAAACAUAAAUGACUAUGUAUACACACUCACUUUAAAGUGCAGAAUGGAUUUCUGUCAUUCUGUUAUUUUUAGUCCAACUACUCAUGCUCUAUUUUAGGAGUGCAGUCACGCAAUUGAAAUGCAGUGCAAUGUCAAUCAUCAACAUAAUUGAGAUCAAAUCAAAUGUUGUGGAUUAUAACAUUUAAAGAAAAUCUGAAAAUGUCUUGUCGUCUCUG